AUGGUGGUGAUAAGAAAUGCCCCACCACAUCUAUUGUGGGCCCCACACAGCAUUGACCCAGCAAGUGUGGGGCAGUCACAGUGGGGUGGGGUUGACCAAAUAUGCUUCUCUUUGUACAACAGGAAGGAAGAAGGAAGGAACAGAGGAUUUUGA